GUGCUUUAGAACACUGUCUCUCUCUCUCCCUCUCUCUCACUCUCUUUUUAUACAUUCUCUAAGUUACAUACAGAAGCAACGAGAAACGCAAGUGGGGCUAAUGUGUGCGAAUUGUCUGUGCAAAAUGUAAAAGCUCCCACUAAACAACGUUCCCACUUGCGCUCAUAUGCGAUUCGUGCGCGUCAGCAGUAUCGUCGACGUUGUCGUAUUAAUUGUCGCCGACGUAUUCUGGCGGCAUACUCGCGCUGCAUUGCAUUACAUUUCACUGCGAUCCAUUUAUCCAUCCAUAUUCGUGUCGCAACCCCAAGCAAGCAAUCACUACCAUCCGUGUGUGUUUGCCGCGAGCCCAUUCUUAUCCGUCCAACGCCCAUGGCGAAACAUCCAGCAGUACAAUAACAAAUAAUUUUAUUAAUUAUUAACUCUAAGGGACUGAAAUAUAUUGUUAAAUAUUUUAGUGGCAAUUAUUUAUAUAAAGUGAAGCAUUAAUAUAAAAGUAAAUAAGUAAUCUGUUUAAUGGCAGAAUACAGUGCAAGAAUUGUUUAUGAAAAAGUGAAAAAACUUAAAAACGGGUGUCUAUAUUAUAAGUAAAAAAUUUUUAUUUUUCUUCAACACGUGUUAUGCAAUCUGCUGUGCAAACGUAUCCGUGAGUGUGUCCCUUAACUACGGUUCUUUACUCAAAACAAAAGUUGCACCACAGUUAUAGAAUAGUGCCGUCGUAUUGUUAUAUUUUCUGCUCUCAUACAUUUCCCAUUUACCUGCGAACUUCACAAAUAUAGAUUUCAACAAUAGAUCUGGUAGUUGUAAUCGCUGUGGGCAGCGUCUCUGACCGACCGGGGACUCCAUCAGCCAAUUAACAGCGUUAGUAACAGUGUAGCUAACCAUAUGCCAGUCACCCCGAUUCAAACAAACAAACACUAUACACACACAUAAUAUAUACAUCGACACAAUCAUAAACGAAAGCCAAUAAAGAAAAACGCAAGCCAAAAGGUAUCCAACCAAGACUCGCUAGGUGCUCACUACCGGCACGAUUUGAAAUCGUCGUUGCAGCAGCUACCGACCACUGCGGUGGCAGGGACACACAUUCGCCAGCCAAGUGCGCCGUGAUUGGUACGGAUUCACUCGUAUCCUCAGCUAGAUGUCAGUACUGUUUCGAGGUUGUGCUGCGGUGGUUUCUAUUCUCUUGACUGUUUCGAAAGCUGCAAGCUUUUAUUCCUCGGUUUUAUUUGUUUUAUUUUAUACUUAAGUUUCUUUACGCUUAAGGAUGCUUUUACCAACGUUUACUUGCGUAUUUAUUGUUCGUUCUGUUUUGUUAAAUUAAACGCGAACGUCCACAUAUGCCACAGACAAAUCAAACAGCAAAUAAUUUCAUAAACAAGUGUUGCCUUGGAAAAAAACAAACUGUAAAUAAGUGCAAGAACGUGAAGGAAACUAGAAAAUGAUUUAAAAGUACAUAAUAAAAUGUAUUGAAGUUAAAUAAGCGCCGGACGUGCAAUUAAAUAAGUUAUGAAAAAAACAAUAGACUAAUAAGCAUUUAGCCCGCAAAGAAAAAAUAAUCCGUAACGCAUUGAAAAGAAAAACAAAUAUACAUACAUAUGUAAUUGUGGGUAAACACAAUUGAAAUAACACUAUUUAUUUUACUUUUUUUUUUUGUUAUUGAGAAAAAUUUAAACAAUUAAAAAUUUACUUAAUAAUUUCAAAAUAUAACAUUUAAAAAACUUCCAUAAAGAUAUGUUUACCACUUACGAUUAUUUAAAAAAGAAUUAGAAACUAAAAUGAAAUAGUACUAAGAAAAAUUUUAAUUAACAACAACAAUAAAGGAAUUGUGAAAAAAGUAAGAUCUAUUAUCAAUCACAGGCAUAAAAGUAACUGUAUGUGCUCAGAACACAGUCAUAUUAUGUCUUAAAAUUUUCGUAGUAUUCACAAAGCUUAUUCAUCUCCGGCAGGACUGCUGCAAUUGUAAUAAGGAGUUUUUGAAAAACUUGUUCAACGUUUGAAAGGAAAAAAGGAAUGCGCAUUAUUUUUCAUUUACCGAGAAAUUUACAAGGAACAACAACGCGACGUACAGACGCUGUGUAAUAUCUUUUCUGGAAAUUGCUGAGACACAACUGUAUAAUUUUGAAAACUAAAAGGAUCCAAUUAAUAAACAUUUGCGUUUACAUAAUUUACGCGGUGGCUAAUUAUAAUUUGUGCUAGCUAGCUUAGUCUGGCAUAAUUAAUUUAAUUUAACAACAAAUUUAUACUCCUUAAAGGGUUGUGAGCGUAUCACAGCCAAAGAAAGAAGCCUACAAAUGAAGAUGGCAUCCCAAAGAUUUUGCCUACGAUGGAAUAACCAUCAAAGCAACUUAUUAUCUGUGUUCGAUCAGUUGCUACACGCCGAGACAUUUACAGAUGUCACGCUGGCCGUCGAUGGACAAUACUUAAAAGCACACAAGAUGGUUCUAUCUGCCUGUAGUCCGUAUUUUAAUGCGCUCUUCGUACAUCAUCCAGAAAAGCAUCCAAUUGUCAUUUUAAAGGAUGUACCAUACUCCGAUAUGAAAUCUCUACUUGAUUUUAUGUAUCGCGGUGAAGUUUCUGUGGAUCAGGAACGUCUUACCGCUUUCUUGCGUGUCGCCGAAUCGUUACGUAUUAAGGGUUUGACCGAAGUGAAUGAUGAUAAACCAUCACCGGUUGCGCCGACGCCACCACCACCACAACUACAACGUAUACAACCAUAUUUGGUACAACAACAACAACAACAUCAACGUAGUAAAUCACAGAAUAGUCUAUUGGCUGGUUCAAACACCGGUGCUGUUGGCAUGACUGGUGCCCAAACAAUGGCUGGCGGCCAACAUACGCAGCAGCAACAGCAGUCGCUGUUGAGCUCAGCACUUGCAUCGAUGCCGAAAAGAAAACGUGGUAGGCCGCGGAAAUUGUCGGGCAGCUCCAAUGGUACCGGAAAUGAUUAUGAUGAAUUUGAACGUGACGGCAUGAUGAAUGACUCUGAGAUGGGCGAUUGCAAAAUGGGCGAUUCUUAUUCGGGCAAUGAUGAUGCUUCAGAUGACAACCAACGUGACGGCGGCGAUAUGCGUGAUCCAAGCGAGAGCCGAGACUCCAUUUCCCACAGCAAGAAAUUCAAAUCAAAAGACAGCAAAUCUAAGCAAAAUGAAAAUGAUAACAGUACUUCUGAUGGCAACGAUAGCGACUGCGAUGAUCAAAUGGACACCUCUUACAUGGAACCCCAAUUAAUGCUUGAUGAAUACGAUGAACCGGUCGAAUUUAAGUUUGAUCCUAAUGCCACCAGCUCACCGUCGCAACAGAACACCGCUAUGGCUUUGGCCGCGCAGGCGCAACAACAGCAGGUGGAACGUCAAUUGCUGCUCGCCCAACAAAAGAAACAACAGCUGGUGGAGGCCGCUGCCAUGAAAUUUUCGGCAGAAGCAUCGGCCAGCGGCAUGCCAGGCACCGUAACACUGCUUAACUCAAUGGUUAGCAUACCGAAACUAACACCCAUCGGCAAAGUGUCGAAAUUGAAAGUGAAUAAGCGCACCAAAUUGAAGCAGAAUGGCCUUAGCGGUGGCAAUAUAGCUGGCGUUGAUAGCAAAAAUUACCCCAGCGAUUAUGUGGAUAUGUUCAAUGUCAAUUACAUUGCCGCCAAUGCGAAUGCACCUCAAACACCCAGCCAAUCGAAUAAAUUGAAGGGCGCUUUGAGCGGCAACUCCACAUCCGCCAACGUUUCCCCACCUUCGGCUAAAACCAAACUGAAUACAUCGGGCGGCGCGCUGCCAGCAGGCGAAACCGAAGGCUCCGUCCGCGAUUAUUGCACCAAAGAGGGUGAACAUACGUAUCGUUGUAAGGUAUGUUCUCGCGUCUACACACACAUUAGCAACUUUUGUCGCCACUAUGUGACAUCACAUAAACGCAACGUGAAAGUGUAUCCCUGCCCCUUCUGCUACAAGGAAUUCACACGCAAGGAUAAUAUGACGGCCCACGUAAAGAUCAUACAUAAAAUCGAGAAUCCCUCAACAGCUUUGGCCAAUGCAUCCGCAGUAGUGGCAGCAGCGGCCGCCGCGGGCAUAACACCUUCAUCAGCACCACAAUCGGCAGCUGCGUCGACAGCGUCAACGCCCACGCCACCCGAUUUGACAACGCAAUGUUCAAAUCAAUCGGCAACAGGCGUGUCCACAGCGAUCGCAUCGGCAGCAUCGUCCACCUCAUCUUCGUCGACAUCGUCGACAACAUCGUUAGCAUUAGGCGCAGGACGUUUGCCUGAAGCAGCGACUGCGCAAUAAAGACGCCUAAAGCUUGUUAGAGACUAUUAAAUAUAACAUAACAAAUAAUAAAAACAAAAGGACUAGCAAUAACAAAGGGUGUUGGGGUACUCUUACAUACAAAUAAAUUUGUAUAAAUGCAUUUGUUUGAUGCAAACAAUACGCGUUGCUAGAGAAAUUAAAGCAAUGAUUGUGUCUAGGCUAAAAACAAACUCCGGCAUGUUUACACAAAGGGCGGACAUUUACAAAAAGCAAAGAUGGAAUUUUAAAUGCUAAGACACACAUUGUACAUAAAUGCAAUGCAAAAUAUUUUGAGGUAUGUCAAGGACAAAUUGGGCAAAUAAAUAGGCUUCCAAAAUGCGCGAAAUAUUUGCUGAGGAUAAAGUAAAUGAAAAGAUUUUGCGUAUUAUUAUUUUCGUUGAUUUCCAAACUGCUUAAAAUGCAGUUGAAAACGUUCUAAACGUAACAAAAUGUAAUAUUUCGUUGUUUGUAAUUAUAUUUCUUUAACUGUAAUUUUAACUACAUUAUUAUAAUUUUUUAUUUUAAUAAUUUAGUUACAAUUAUUUGUUUUUAUUCCUAACUAUUUUUUUCUUUUUGAAAUAUUCUUGAGCUUAGCCCUAAAAUUAUAAACAUACACACAUACAUGAAUUAAAAAGCAAACAAAAAACACUUUUGUGUCAAUAGAAUGUUGGGAAUAGUGUUUCUGCUAACCAUAGUUGAAUGUAAUGGGGAAAUGAACAAUUAAUGGCGAAAGUUUUAAGUUUAACUUUCUUAUGCACAAUUAUAGAAGUUUUCGAGCCACCGUGAAAUAAUACAUGGAUGGGUAGCUUCUUCAUGAUAGCAAAACGUAGAAAUUGAAAGAUUUUAAUCUGAGUAAUUUUAAAUAAAUGCUUUAUGUUUUGGUUUAUAAUCAUUUUCAGCAAAAUUGAAGCUAAACUUUUUAGAAAACUUAUUCAUCAAACAUUUGACUGUUAUGUGCAGCAGACUUUUUAAUGGCCAAAUAGAAUUUUGGGUUUAAGCAAUUCACUCUUUGUAUGAUUCUUUGCUAAACAUAAGUUGUGCAAUUUAUUAUUAUAUUUUUCUUUAUUAUUUAUUUAAUUGGUUUUGUGUAAUUUAAGUUUAUUAGAAAUAAAAUGUUUCACAAUAAUCAAAUUGUCUAAUGGCAUUCAAAUACAAGUGGCCUUCUUUUAGUUUAGUAAUACACAUAUAUAUAUAUAUAUAUAUAUAUAUGUAUAUGCAAAUCGGACCGCAUGUUGGCGACCACAAGAAAUCUAGCACACACAAUGUACGAUUUCUCAUUUUCACACGACGCUAACCAACUAAUAGCACCGACAGAUACAUAUACAUAAGCCUAAUAAAUAAAUUCACUUUUUACACACUUAGUUAAUUUUACGUGUUUUUAACGCUAAAAUAUUUACAAUGAAAAUUAAAUGUAAAAAUAAAUUAAUAUUAAAUAUUAUAUGAAUAAAACAGCAAAAAAAACUACCUUGUUGCCUUCAAAUGAAGCUAGUUUAAUAUUAUAUUUUAUAAAUUUACCUUAUGCGGUAAAAAAACUAAUUUAAAAUAAAAUCCAUUACAAUGUAACAAUAAUGCGAAUUAUUUAAGAAGAUUUACGCAAUUUUUUGUUAAUAAAAUAAUUAUUUAUGUUUAGUACAUUAAUUUACUAUAAAUAUUUGUAUUUUUAUUCACACUAUAAUAUAUCAAAAUAUAUACAAUAUUUUAUUUAUAAACAAACAGCAAUAAAACGUUAUAAUUAAACGAAAUAAUUAGAGAGCAAAUAUUUAAAGUAUAAAUGUAUAUAAUAUUAUUAUAUAUCUAUAAUAUGUAUACAUUUAAAUCGGAGGCUUAAAUUAUCGCCAAAGAACUACAAAUACAAUAAUUAUUAAUUUAAACAUAUAAACUAAAGAGUACAUUUUUAUGCAUAUACACACACACAAAGCGAAUAAAAACCAACAGCUGAACGUUCACAAUGUGAAUAUCUUUAUUUCUUUGCUGUUAUAAAGAAAAAGAAAAUAGUAGUCGGCUCUCGAACAAAAAGUGCACUUAUAUUGCUAAAGAAAAUAUACUACUUAAAUGUUUACAAAAAAGAAAACUUAUAUCAAAUGAUAAUUGCAAUAAAAAUGUGAACUUACAAAGUAAACUAAAAAACACAAUUGAGGCCUUUUCCUAAAAUGUUUUACAUUUUGUAUGCGCGUGUAAGCAGAAAGCAACUCUGAAGUACGAAAAAAUGUUUAAUAAUCACAUAACGUAGUAGCGAACGAUCUCCAGAAAAACAGUAGUAAAAUCUAUUUAUAAACAUGCUAAAACCUGUCAACCUUUUCAAUCUUAUUUUGUAAAAAAUGCUUUAAAAUAGUUACAUUUCUCUUAUGACAUACAAAUCAACAUAAGGCAAUUAUAAAAUAACAAAAUUUUAAAAGUAACUCUUUAACAUUCUAAAUACAAAAUAUUCAAACAUUUACAAAAUAUUUAGUUCUUAUUUAUCUUAUAUUUAAUAUUUACUAUAUUUCUUUUUCGUAUUUAGUGGUAGCUAGUGCAAUUUAGUAUUUAACAAGUUAAUUAACAAUAUUAAAAAAAAAAAUAAAACUAAACAAUGAGAAUAAACCUCACAACGUCAGCUCCUUCAACGUUUAAAACCUAUUUUUAUUGCUAGAUUGUAGCAUAUGCAUACAUACAUUUACAAUGAAAUGAAAUAUCAAAUACAUACAUAUAUAUGUAUAUUAAUAUGAUAAAUAAUAAAGAAUUUUUGUUGCACUAAAAAAGAAAAACACAAACAAACAAUUGAGUUUUAAAAUUUAUAGUAGAUAUGGUUGUCUUUUGAGAUUAGGUUUGCAGCGCUAAUUCAAAUAUGGAGCAAUUUUAAAGUAGUUGUCUUGGUCUGUGAAUACAUUUGAACAAAAUUUAAGUAAUUUUAAUUUUUCUUUUAUUUA